AUGGAUUUGUCUGACUCAGAUCUGGAAUUCAGCUUGGAGAUGUACAAACAUCUGGCGCAUAUGCAUCCAGCUUCCAACGUCAUGUUUUCGCCAGUCAGCAUCCUUCUCUCUCUGGCCAUGCUUUACCUCGGAGCUGAUGGAUCAACAAAAAAGAAGUUGAAAUCCAGUCUGAAGUUGAAGAACUCUGACGAUGACGACGUCCACAGGCACUUCCAGACUUUGAAGAACUCCUUGGCGGUGAGAGGGACUGAGGCGUCCUUGAAUGUCACAAACCUACUCUACUGCAAUGUCAGUGUCACUCUGCUCCAGCCAUUCAUUGAUGAUUCCAGAAAAUACGAUUAUUUUAAGGAACCUAACUCUUGCGAUUUCAAGUCUGACUCAAAUGGUUGCAGAAAACAAAUAAACAAAAAAGUUCAAUUGAGGACAAGCAGCAAGACGCAAGACACCAUCCCAGCAGGAACUUUAGACAAGGACACUAAAAUCCUUCUUCUUGAUACUUUUUCUUUCUCUGCCAGAUGGAUGUACAAUUUUUCUGCUCUGGAGAUUAUAGAAGCUCCAUUUUAUGUUAAAAUUACAGAAAAAGUUCAAACUGAAUAUAUGACUGGAAUCUUGAAGUUGCGGUAUCAAAAAAAUGAGAAGUUAAAUGUCUACAUUGUUGAACUUCCUUACAUGGAAUCCUACGAACUCAUUCUUUUGCUCCCAAUAGAUAACGAUUACCAAUUGACUGCACUUAAGAAAUUGGAUAAAAAUGCUCUGAUGAAUUUGGAUGAAAAAUUAGAAAAACUGAACGUUAAGCUGAAACUGCCGAAGUUCAAAUUGGAUGCUCAUGUCGAUAUGAAAAAAAUUCUGGAAAAAUUGAAUAUUAUAAAACUAUUCGACAGUAAAACAUGUGAUUUGGCCAAACUAUCAAGUUCACAAACACAUGUCAGUGCAUUUUUUCAACGGACUCCAUUUUCAAUGGAACAGGAAGGAAGCAAUGCGGAUGAACUGGAGGCAGUUGAUUCUUACAAUGAUAAUCCGCCUCAAAUUACUGAUGACUACGUAAUUUUUUUUGCAAAUCGUCCAUUUGUCUUUCUAUUAAGAGAGGUUAAAACUAGGAAUAUCAUUCUCAUGGGAAAAUUUAUGAAACCAAAUGAUGUCUUGUAG